AAUUCCGCUAACUGUGCAAAUUAGUAGAUGCAGUUGCUCUUGAUAAAAUUAAUGGGGCAUUCUGCUCUUUUGAUAGAGAUUCCAUGGAUCAGCAACGAGUGGAAGAGAUUAUUCUUGAGUAUGCAUCAAAGAAAGGCAUGACGGAUAUUCUGGCAGAAAUUUUGGAGAGAAGAGGGAUGGAAUCAUUUCAAGUGCUCUUUCUAGCCCCUCUGAGGCUCUUCCUUGCUGUCGUCCUGGUGAUCAUCAAGAAGGAUGAUGUCAUCGUUUUUAGGAGGGUGAUAAACAUUCUAAAGAUGAUCAAUAAGAAAAUUGAUUCAAGCCCAAGAAAGCAUCUCCAGAUAUCACAUUCUACCAAGAUAAUAAGAGAGUUAAAGAGACGGAUUGUUUUGGAUAAGAUGAGCCAUAAAGAGACAGCAGAAGAUGCCUACGAUUUACUUGAUAAAUACUUUCCUUAUUCUAAUUUAGACAGCCCAACUCUACUCCAGGACAAGAAAGGCAGACUUGAUAGAUUCCACCUUCAAGACAUCAGACAGCAGCUUCUAGAAAUCGUCCAUACAAAUGAGUUUAGACACCAUGUAGUUCCAGCUGCAGAGAAGGAGUUCCUUGUGAAUCAAGUGAAGCACUAUGUCAAAGAGAUCAGUAAUGAACUUGCUCCUACACAGAUUGAGCAGUUGUCAUCACGUAAUGGUUCUUCUCAUUAUGAGCUACCCAAUUUAUUUGACACUGGAUUACCAAAGAGCAAUAGGAUAUACAAAAGGCUGGUCUUACUGUGUAUGGAUGGCCUUCCCAGUGAAAAGGAUCUUCACAUUCUUCUCAGGGACAUCUGGAAUUAUGAGUGUCCUAAGGAGAAAAAAACAAGAAGAACAAGACAGCAAGAGGUUGAUGGAGAGGAAGAAUCAGUCGAACUUUUGGGGUGUUCAGGGGAGGAUUUAGAUGUAAUGAGACAAGGUGCAGCAAAAUGGUUGAAAAGACAUAAGCAAGGAGCUUUACUCCGUGAGAGGAAUACUUCCGAUUAUUCAGAUGAUUCAGGAAAGAGGUUUGAGCAGAGUAGGCAGGGGGCAGAACUUCUGUAUUUAAAGAUCAUGAGAGAGGUUAUAGAAUCAGAUGAUGACAGUGAGACUGAGCAAUCUGACAGAGAUGGAGGUCUCAACCAAAGCAGGAGACAGAUAAGCAACAAAGACAGAGAUCACAAUCACAGUAAGAGACGGUCACAUCAAGUUAGGAGGGAUCUUAACCAAACCUUAUCUAGGAGACAGUCACCUGAUGUUAACGGAGAUCUUAGUCAAUCUAGGAGACAGUCACCUGAUGUAAACAGAGAUCUCAAUCAAUUGCGGAGACAGUCACCUGAUGUGAACAGAGAUCUUAAUCAAUCUAGGAGACAGUCACCUGAUGCUAACGGAGAUCUUAAUCAAUCGAGGAGACAGUCACCUGAUGUUAACAGAGAUCUCAAUCAAUUGCGGAGACAGUCACCUGAUGCUAACAGAGAUCUUAAUCAAUCUAGGAGACAGUCACCUCGUGUUAACAGAGAUCUUAGCAGAUCUAGGAGACAAUCACCUGGUGUAAGCAGAGAUCUCAACGGACCUAGGAGACAGUCACCUGAUGUAAAUAGAGAUCUUAACAGAUCUAGGAAACAGUCACCUGGUGUUAACAGAGAUCUUAAUCAAUCUAGGAGACAGUCACUUGAUGUUAACGGAGAUCUUAACAGAUCUAGGAGACAAUCACCUGAUGUUAACAGAGAUCUUAAUCAAUCUAGGAGACAGUCACCUGAUGUAAAUAGAGAUCUUAAUCAAUCUAGGAGACAGUCACCUGAUGUUAACAGAGAUCUUAAUCAAUCUAGGAGACAGUCACCUGAUGCUAGCAGAGAUCUCAAUCAAUCUAGGAGACAGUCACCUGAUGUAAAUAGAGAUCUUAAUCAAUCUAGGAGACAGUCACCUGAUGUAAAUAGAGAUCUUAAUCAAUCUAGGAAACAGUCACCUGGUGUUAACAGAGAUCUUAAUCAAUCUAGAAGACAAUCACCUUGUGUUAAAGGAGAUCUUAAUCAAUCUAGGCGGCAGCCACCCGAUCUUAGCAGAGAUCUUAAUCAAUCUAGGAGACAGUCACCUGAUGUAAAUAGAGAUCUUAACAGAUCUAGGAGACAGUCACCUGAUGUUAGCAGAGAUCUUAACAGAUCUAGGAGACAGUCACCUGAUGCUAGCAGAGAUCUUAAUCAAUCUAGGAGACAAUCACCUCGUGUUAAAGGAGAUCUUAAUCAAUCUAGAAGACAAUCACCUUGUGUUAAAGGAGAUCUUAAUCAAUCUAGAAGACAAUCACCUUGUGUUAAAGGAGAUCUUAAUCAAUCUAGGCGGCAGCCACCUGAUGUAAAUGGAGAUCUUUAUCAAUCUAGGAGACAGUCACCUGAUGUAAACGGUGAUCUUAAUCAAUCUAGGCGGCAGCCACCCGAUCUUAGCAGAGAUCUUAACAGAUCUAGGAGACAGUCACCUGAUGUAAACAGAGAUCUUAAUCAAUCUAGGAGACAGUCACCUGAUUUUAACAGAGAUAUUCAUCAGGGAUUUGAUGAAGACAGUGAAGAGGCGAUGGACAUUGAAUCUUCUGACACUGGUUCUGUGCUGACACCGGACGAAGAGGCAGCUUGUGAGCAGAGACAGAGAUCUUCAGAGAUGGAUGCGUGUACAUCAAGACUGUUUCCUGUAUCCAAGUGCUUCGUAGCCCUCAAAGACUGCACAAAAUACAAUGAGGGAAUUCCUUUUGUGGUUGCAUGCUAUGAGGAUGAUAGUGACCUACCUGAAAGAGCAGAAGAGAAAGAUGAUGUAUUUACAGAGGCACAUCACCAAGAUGCAGCUGAGGAAAGAAGGCUAAGAUCCUCUCCAAGCAGUCCAGGUAUAGUGAAAAGAACAGACCACCUAUCUGGCGUUUCUCAUGGGCUCAAGAAGUCCAUAUCAAAUCACAAUGUGGACACAUCUUUGUCACACUCCAAGUCUUCCAAGUCUUCUCCCUACAGACGGAAGUCCAAACCAAUACAAAAGAGAGAAGAUAUAGAAGUAUUACCUGAUGUCAGACAAAGAUCUCCUUCACCAAGCGGUGAUGCCACUGGAAGAGAAGAGAGCUUUACUAGAUUCAUAGCUAUGCUUGGAUUAUGCCCAAAGACAAACACAGAUGCACCAAGUGAGGCAGCAGUAAAUGAAGUGACACAGAGGUCUGAACCAUCGACAGACCCUGACCCAACUGAGAGAUUGGUUUAUCUACGUAAAUGUUCAAUUGUCCUGGAGAAGGAGAAGUUUAUAGAGUGUUUGUUUGGAAGAAACUACCAGGAAGUGGAAGAAGAAAGCAAUGUUGAGAAACAAGCUCCUGUCCUUUCUACUAAAGCUGACUCGGACCAAGAAAUGGAAGACCAGAGUACUCCUUUCAUUCAAGACGAUAAUGAGGCACCUUUUGAGCAAGCAGUGACAGAACUCAAAAGAACAUCCGCGCCAAUGAAUGGGAGAAACUCAGCACAAAGAGAGGUUGUCCUACCGGAGUGUUCCAUUCGUCUUCUAAAGUACAAAGUGCUGACCGUAACCCACUCCAGAAGGCUUGUCAUCAGAAAUUCUGGAGGACCGUCCAUUUUCAAAAGAAAGAACUAUAAGAGAAUGAGCAUCCAUAUACCAGGCUGUGGGAGAGUGAGAUUAAGACAUGAUUUACCAGCAUCUGGUCUUUAUAUGUGAGUAGAUACUGCACACAGCUUUUGAUGCAGUCACUCCUAAUGAGGCUGUUUUGAAGCUUUUUUGAGAGGACUGUCAUGUUCUAAACAACCAUUUAAUAAAUUUCAAUGGAAUCAGAGUUUGGCGGCAUUAGAUCAAUGUUUAUCAGUAUUAUACAUACAGUGUACAUUGUACAGGGUGCGCCACAGUGGCAUAAAGUGUAAUCUUUUAAGAUAUUUCCAUGUAUUUAUGUUAUACAGCAAUAUUUGAUUACCGGUACCCUUUUUUGGGUAGCAUAAACCCCAUUAAUACUGAAAGUGACACAUUAGUUAAAACAAACAAGUGAUUAUUUUCCUGCAAUAUUCUCAUAUUUACCUCUAAGAAUAUAUUAUUAUUUGUAUUGAUAAAUUUGUAAUGUCAAAAAGAAUUUGAUAGCCGAAUUAAUAUGUGGUUUGUUAACUAUAAAUCAUAAUGAAUAACUUCAUAUGUGCAUGUCUUUGCAAGUCUAGGAAUUCAUGUUACAUGUCGGAGGAAAAAGGAGUAAAUAAACGGUAUGGCUGAUGAAAUUAGAAAGAAAAAAAA